UGCGUGACGUCACCUCCACGCGACACACUAUUUGCUGUGGUUCAGCUUCUGUUGCGAGUUCGCAUUGAUUACUGAAUUCCUUCUUUCAUGUGACAAACAUCGCAAUGGACUUCACCCGUCUGGGGUUUGUGGCCUUGUUAUGCGUUUGUGCACACGCCGCUUCGCCGCCCAAUUUCCUCGUGCUCUUCGCCGAUGAUUUGGGUUUUGGGGACUUGGGCUGUUAUGGACACCCCAGCUCGCUUAGCCCGAAUCUGGACCGACUUGCAGCUGGGGGGCUCCGCUUUACGGACUUCUACUGCACCAGCCCCCUCUGCAGCCCGUCCAGGGCGUCGCUGCUGACGGGGCGCUAUCAGACCCGUUUGGGUAUCUACCCCGGAGUUCUGUACCCCGGUUCCGUAGGCGGCCUCCCACUGAACGAGACCACCAUCGCCGAGGUGCUGAAGCCUCUGGGCUACGCCACGGCCGCCGUGGGCAAGUGGCACCUGGGAGUCGGGCCCAACGGAACCUUCCUUCCCACCAGGCAGGGCUUCGACGAGUACCUCGGCAUUCCGUACUCGCACGACAUGGGUCCAUGUCACAACCUGACCUGCUUCCCUCCAGACGUAAAGUGCUUCGGGAUGUGCGACGUGGGCACUGUGCUGGUCCCGCUGAUGCACAACGAAGACAUCAAGGAGCAGCCCGUUAACUUCUUGGAUCUGGAACGAGCUUACAGCGACUUCUCAGCCAGCUUCAUCGCCUCCACGUCCAAGAGGAAACAACCUUUCUUCCUUUACUAUCCUUCCCAUCACACCCAUUACCCGCAGUAUGCAGGGCCGGGGGCUGCCGGGAAGACGUCAAGAGGCCCGUUUGGAGACUCUCUACUGGAGUUUGACAACACUGUCGGAAAGCUGCUGGCCACCCUGGAGGAGAGCGGCGUCAUCAACAACACGCUGGUCUUCUUCACGGCAGACAACGGGCCUUCGCUAAUGCGCAUGUCCCGAGGCGGCAAUGCAGGCGCUCUGAGAUGUGGCAAAGGUACCACGUACGAGGGCGGCAUGAGGGAGCCCGCCAUUGCCUUCUGGCCCGGCACCAUCACACCAGGUGUGACUCGUGAGCUGGCCAGCAGUCUAGACAUCCUGCCCACCAUCGCUAGGCUAGCCGGUGCUAGAGUGCCCCCAGUGGCGCUGGAUGGUUUCGACAUGACUGAAAUCCUUACCAACCAGGGAAAGAGUAAAAGGGAGGCAAUAAUGUUCUACCCCUCUGACCCAAGUGAACAGUUGGGCCUGUUUGCUCUGCGACUUGAGAAGUACAAGGCGCACUUCUACACGCGAGGUUCGACGCAUAGCAGCACCACCCCCGACAAAGAAUGCUCUGCGUUCUCCGUCCUAAAUUUUCACGACCCGCCGCUGCUCUUCGACUUGGAGGCCGACCCCUCGGAGCACUACCCGCUAGUGCCUGGCGGCGACACGGACGUCCCAGCAUUGCUGGAGAGGAUCAAGAAAGUCAAGGAGCAGUUUGAAGCAUCCAUGUCGUUCGGAGAGAGUCAGAUCGGGAAAGGAAGCGACCCGCAGCUGGAGCCUUGCUGCAGUCCGGAGUGCAGUCCGAAACCUCACUGCUGUCAGUGUUGACGGUUCAAAACAAACAGAAAUAACCCGAACCGUAACCCAUGAAGGAGUAAAACAAAUUUAUUUCUUUGUGGUCUUUCUGUUGGCACUUAAAACUGUACAAUUUUAUAUUUCGUCACCCUAAUAGCAUAAUUGCCUAAGUCAGAUAUUCUGAAAGUGUGGUAAAAGUACCACGAGUGUUAUGCGAAAGAAUCACUGAAUUACUAUAUACAGUGGGUACGGAAAGCAUAUUGACCCCUUAAAUUUUUCACUAUUUGUUAUAUUGCAGCCCUUUGCUAGAAUCAUUUAAGUUCAUUUUUCCCUCAUAUGUACACACAGCACCCCAUAGUGACAGAAAAAAAACAGAAUUGUUGACAUUUUUGCAGAUUUCUUAAAAAAGAAAAACUUAAAUAUCACACAGCCAUAAGUAUUCAGACCCUUUGCUCAGUAUUUAGUAGAAGCACCCUUUUGAGCUAAUACAGCCAUGAGUCUGUUUGGGAAUGAUGCAACACGGUUUUCACACCUGGAUUUGUGGAUCCUCUCCAGUUCUGUCAGGUUGAAUGGUGAACGUUGGUGGGCAGCCAUUUUCAGGUCUUUCCAGAGAUGCUCAAAUGGCUUUAAGUCAGGUCUCUGGCUGGUCCAUUCAAACACAAUCACGGAGUUCGUUCUGAAGCCACACCUUCAUUAUUUUAGCUGUGUGCUUAAGGUCAUUUUCUUGUUGGAAGGUGAACCUUCGGCCCAGUGUGAGGUUCUGAGCACUCUGGAGAAGGUUUUCAUCCAGGAUAUCACUGUAUUUAGCCGCAUUCAUCUUUCCUUCAAUUGCAACCAGUCGUCCUGUCCCUGCAGCUGAAAAACACCCCCACAGCAUGAUGCUGCCACCAUCAUGCUUCACUGUUGGGACUGUAUUGGACGGGUGAUGAGCAGUAGCUGGUUUUCGCCACACAUACCGCUUAGAAUUAAGGCCCCAAAGUUCUAUCUUGGUCUCAUCAGACCAGAGAAUCUUAUUUCUCACCAUCUUGGAGUCCUGCAGGUGUUUUUUAGAGAACUCCAUGCAUGCUUUCAUGUGUCUUGCACUGAGGAGAGGCUUCCAUCGGGCCACUCUGCCAUAAAGCCCCGACUGUUGGAGGGCUGCAGUGAUGGUUGACUUUCUAGAACUUUCCCCCAUCUCCCGAUUGCAUCUCUGGAGCUCAGCCACAGUGAUCUUUGGGUUCUUCUUUACCUCUCUCACCAAGGCUCUUCUCCCCCAAUUGUUCAGUUUGGCCGGACGGCCAGCUCUAGGAAGGAUUCUGGUCGUCCAAAACGUCUUCCAUUUCAGGAUUAUGGAGGCCACUGUGCUCUUAGGAACCUUAAGUACAGCAGAAAUGUUUUUGUAACCUUGGCCAGAUCUGUGCCUUGCCACAAUUCUGUCUCUGAGCUCUUCAGGCAGUUCCUUUGACCUCAUGAUUCUCAUUUGCUCUGACAUGCACUGUGAGCUGUAAGGUCUUAUAUAGACAGGUGUGUGGCUUUCCUAAUCAAGUUCAAUCAGUAUAAUCAAACACAGCUGGACUCCAAUGAAGGUGUAGAACCAUCUCAAGGAUGAUCAGAAGAAAUGGAAACCACCCAAGUUAAGUGAGUGUCACAGCACAGGGUCUGAAUUAUGGCUGUUUGAUAUUUCAGUUUUUCGUUUUUAAUAAAUCUGCAAAAAAUUCAACAAUAAUUUUUUUCUGUCAAUAUGGGGUGCUGUGUGUAUAUAUAUAUAUAUAUAUAUAUAUAUAUAUAUAAAAAGUGAAAAAUUUAAGGGGGUCUGAAUACUUUCUGUACCCACUGUAUGUUCAAACUGUGCAUGUUUUUCUUUUUUAUCCAGCACAACUGUGCAUAUGUUAUGUUUUUUUUUAUCCAGCACAGAACAUUUGUGAAGCACAGUUCAGCUGUGUUUAACUUUUAAGUAAAAUACAGUUGCAUUUAAUCUUGUAGGACUGUUUUCAAAAUUGUACUUAGGUAAAAUUUUAAUGUAACUCAUUCUUUAAGUAGUUUUAUUAUUCCCUAUAUUUACAAGAGAGCUACGUUGUUGUUUUUUGUGGUGGUACUUGAUUUUAAAUAGUUUCAGAACCACUGGCCAGUGGUCCUUUUUUAAAUUACUGCCACAAUAGCAAUUAAAAAAAAAAUAAUGUGCUUGCUCGUUUUUCAGUGUAGAUUCUCACACAUCAGCGCAAUCCACAAAGGUUGAACUGUGGCAGUUGGCUGAAAGCGUUAACAAUGACUUGGCUAAUGUUGCUGUUGGGCUAACAAGAUGUUUGCUAGCACUUAACGUAUUGUUCAAGUCAAUUCUGACCUGUUUUGACAUUUGACAACGAUAAAAUACUAUUACGAUGUAAUAUAAUGUAGCAGAUGAUUAAAAAAAAAAAAAGCGAACUGGGCUGCUCCUAUUGGUUGAAUUUGUUGUUGUUUUCUUGUACAUGUAUACCACAGUAUACCCAUGUUCAGUAAAAGAUCAGAUCGUCACCUCCAA